AUGAAGAUUUGGUCUGCUGAAGUUUUAGUUCCUCCGCCUAAUGUAUUUGACAAGCCAGUUAUACCUAAAAGGCAUAAACAUCUCAGAGAAGGUGCUUUCAAAAGUGUCGUUGGUGCAUUGGAUGACACUCUAAUUAGUGCGAGCAUUCCAUUCGGGAAGCAAACACCGUAUAGAGGAAGGGUAAGAGGAGAAUGUUUCCAAAACGUGCUUGCGAUAUGUGAUUGGGAUAUGUACUUUUUAUAUGUAGUGGUUGGAUGGGAAGGAACUGCUCAUGACUCGAGAGUGUUGACCGAGGCAGUGCGCGAUCCAUCUUUCAAGUUUUCUUUACCUCCACCAGACAAGUACUAUCUAUGUGAUGCUGCGUACUUUCAUACGAAGGGGUUUAUGUGUCUGUAUCGCAACAUAAGGUAUUGGAUAGGUGAUUACCCAACGGAAAAAGAAGAGAAGUUUAAUCAAGACCAUGCUCGAUUGAGGAAUGUGAUUGAGAGAGCAUUCAGGGUAUUGAAAAGAUACCGUUAUUACUUGCUGUCAAUGCAUAAUUUUCUACGUCAUAAUGCAUUGGAUGAUCGUCUAUUUAAAGAAUAUGAGAACGAGACAUUUGAUAUGAAUGAGACACAGGUAGAAGUGGAAGUGGAAGCGGAAACGGAAGAAAAUGCACCUCGUCUCUUUGGACGACAAGAGCAGAUAUGUAUGACCAAUUCACGUGAUGAGAUAGCUAGUCUCCUUUAG